AUGGGGACAUCUGCUGAAAGGAAAUGGGUUUUUGUCUUUUUCUUCCUCUUGUGUUCUGUGUCUUCUUCUCUUCCCUCAUUUUGUAAAUUACGGAGACAGUUUCAUCUAAACAGCAUGCACAAAGCCGGUGAUGUGAUUCUGGGUGGGCUGUUUGAGGUCCACUAUACAGCAAUCUUCCCUGAGUGGACGUUCACCACAGAGCCACAACAGCCAACCUGCCAAGGCUUUGACACUUUAGGCUUCAGACAUGCAAUGACCAUGGCCUUUACUAUUGAAGAGAUAAACAGGAACGUCCACCUGCUUCCCAAUGUGACUCUUGGAUACAGUCUUUAUGACAACUGUGGGGCACUUGUCAUUGGAUUUAGUAGUGCACUGUCACUGGCCAGUGGCCGAGAAGAACAGUUUCUUCUGCAGGAGAACUGUACAGGAACCCCUCCCGUCUUGGGGAUUGUUGGUGAUUCAUACUCAACAUUUUCCAUUGCCACCUCUAAUGUACUAGGUUUAUAUAAAAUGCCCAUUGUGAGUUAUUUUGCCACAUGUUCAUGCCUGAGUGAUCGACAUCGGUUUCCCUCCUUCUUUAGAACAAUCCCAAGUGAUACUUUUCAAGUUCGUGCUAUGAUUCAGAUUCUGAAACAUUUUGGCUGGACAUGGGUGGGUCUGCUGGUUAGUGAUGAUGAUUAUGGACUCCACGUUGCCCAGUCUUUUCAGUCUGACCUGGCUCAGUCCGGUGCAGGUUGUCUUGCCUAUUUGGAGGUUUUGCCCUGGGACAGUGACUCAAGUGAACUGAGGAGGAUUGUGCAUUUGAUAAAGACAUCAACAGCUCGUGUUGUUAUGGUGUUUGCACAUGAGUUCCACAUGAUUCACCUAAUGGAAGAGGUGGUGAAGCAGAAUGUGACUGGUCUUCAGUGGAUGGCCAGUGAAGCCUGGACAGCAGCUGCUGUGUUACAGACUCCACGCCUCAUGCCAUAUUUGGGUGGUACACUAGGCAUUGCCAUCCGCAGAGGAGAAUUAGGACUGAAGGAGUUCCUGUUGCAAGUUCGCCCUGGACUGCACAACAGCGACGAUGGAAAUAACAUGGUGCACCAAUUUUGGGAACACAUAUUUCAGUGCAAGUUUAGACCACCUCUAGAUGACUCUGGAGGAACACUGUGCACUGGACAAGAAGAUUUAGAGAAAGUGGAGACUGAGUUUUUGGAUGUUUCUAACCUGAGACCUGAGUAUAACAUCUACAAAGCUGUGUAUGCGCUGGCGUAUGCUCUUGAUGACAUGCUGCGCUGUGAACCAGGUAGAGGGCCUUUCAGAGGGAACAGCUGUGCCAAUUUGCAAAGAACAGAGCUGUGGCAGCUUGUAUAUUACUUGCAAAAUGUGAAUUUCACCACAUCACUCGGUGAUCGGGUAUCAUUUGAUGAGAAUGGCGAUGCCCUACCAAUCUAUGAUGUCAUGAACUGGUUGUGGCUUCCUAAUGGACGGACAAAGGUUCAAAAUGUGGGUGAAGUUAAAAAGUCAUCUGUCAAAGGUGAAGAACUCACACUGGAUGAAAACAAAAUCUUCUGGAACUUUGAAUCCAAAAAGGUGCCCCGGUCUGUGUGCAGUGAGAGCUGUCCUCCAGGGACUCGUUUAGCCAGAAGGAAGGGUCAGCCUGUGUGCUGUUUCGACUGCAUCCCUUGUUCUGAAGGAAAGAUGAGCAAUGAGACUGACUCCAUGGAGUGCACCAGUUGUCCAGAGGAUUUCUGGUCCAGUCCCCAGCGUGAUCUCUGUGUGCCCAAGAAAACUGAGUUCCUCUCCUACCAUGAGCCUCUGGGUAUCUGCUUGACAACUGCAUCAUUGUUGGGUACAUUUGUUAGUGCAGUUGUUUUUGGGAUUUUCAUUCAUCAUCGCAAAACACCAAUAGUGAGUUAUUUUGCCACAUGUUCCUGUUUGAGUGACCAGGAAAAGUUUCCAUCCUUCUUUCGGACAAUUCCAAGUGAUGCCCUCCAGGUGAUGAGGCAGAAUGUGACUGGUCUUCAGUGGAUGGCCAGUGAAGCCUGGGCAUCAGCCACUGUGUUACAGACUCCACGCCUCAUGCCAUAUCUGGGUGGUACACUGGGUAUUGCCAUCCGCAGAGGAGAGAUACCAGGACUCAAGGAGUUUUUGUUACAAAUACAACCUAACCAGGAUUUAUUCAACAGUUAUGAAAAUAAUAUGGUAACUCAGUUUUGGGAACACACAUUUCAGUGUAAGUUUGCACCACCUCCAGUAGGUUGGGUAGAAGCUGGAGGAACACUGUGCACUGGACGAGAAGAUCUAGAGAAAGUGGAAACAGAGUUUUUGGAUAUUACGAACCUUAGACCAGAGUAUAAUGUGUACAAGGCUGUGUAUGCUCUGGCCUAUGCCCUCGAUGACAUGCUGCGCUGUGAACCAGGUAAAGGACCUUUCAGAGGGAACAGCUGUGCCAGUUUACAAAGACUGGAGCCAUGGCAGCUUGUACAUUAUUUGCAAAAGGUGAACUUCACCACAUCAUUUGGUGAUCAGGUAUCAUUUGAUGAAAAUGGCGAUGCCCUGCCAAUCUAUGACAUCAUGAACUGGUUGUGGCUUCCUGAUGGACGGACAGAGGUUCAGACUGUGGGAGAAGUUAAGAAAUCGGCCUUCAAAGGGGAAGAACUCUUACUGGAUGAAGAUAAAAUCUUCUGGAACUUUGAAUCCACAAAGCCUCCCCGGUCUGUGUGCAGUGACAGCUGCCCUCCUGGUACUCGCAUGGCCAGAAAGAAGGGGCAACCAGAGUGUUGUUUUGACUGCAUCCUGUGUUCAGAUGGAAAAAUCAGCAAUAAAAGUGACUCCAUAGAGUGCACCAGUCGUCCAGAGGAUUUCUGGUCCAGUCCCCAGCGUGACCACUGUGUUCCUAAGAAAACUGAGUUCCUCUCCUACCAUGAGCCUCUGGGUAUCUGCUUGACCACUGCAUCAUUACUGGGUGCAAUUAUAUGUGCUGCAGUCCUGGGGAUUUUCAUUCAUCAUCGUAGGACACCAAUAGUACGAGCCAAUAACUCUGAGCUGAGUUUCCAUCUUCUGGUGUCUCUUAAACUGUGCUUCCUGUGUUCACUGUUGUUCAUCGGUCGUCCCAGACUAUGGACAUGUCAACUGAGACAUGCAGCGUUUGGGAUCAGCUUUGUGCUUUGUGUCUCAUGUAUUCUGGUGAAAACCGUGGUGGUUCUGGCUGUAUUUAAGGCCUCAAAACCAGGAGGUGGAGCCAGUCUCAAGUGGUUUGGUCCUCUACAGCAGAGAGGCACCAUUUUAGCUCUUACAUCUGUCCAAGCAGCAAUCUGCACAGCUUGGCUUGUCUCUGCAUCUCCAGCUCCACAUAAAAACACUGAAUAUCAUAAUGAUAAAAUAGUUUAUGAGUGUGUAGUUGGGUCCACAGCUGGUUUUGCAGUGUUACUGGGUUAAAUUGGUUUUCUGGCUAUUUUCAGCUUCCUGUUAGCAUUUAUGGCAAGGAAUCUUCCCGACAACUUCAAUGAGGCCAAACUCAUCACUUUCAGUAUGUUGAUCUUCUGUGCUGUGUGGGUGGCCUUUGUCCCUGCUUAUAUUAACUCUCCAGGUAAAUAUACAGAUGCAGUGGAGGUGUUUGCCAUCCUGGCCUCCAGUUUUGGCCUUUUGGUUGCACUAUUCGGACCCAAAUGUUACAUAAUCCUGCUGAAACCAGAGAGGAACACAAAGAAAGCCAUCAUGGGUAAAGACAUCAGUAAGUAA